CUCGCGGGACCCCGACGAGGAGCGGAAGCUAGGCGGUUCUGCUGCUUUGGCGACCGGGCGGCUACGGCUGUGGUUGUGGCGGUGCCGGAGACGGCGACAGCGACGGCAGCGGGAACAGGCGCUGCCCUCAGGGAGCAGCAGCAAGGUCGGCGGCCGCUCGCACCGCUCGGAGGGGCCGGCCGGGCCAGAGCGGAGCCGCUGCGCCACGGGUGGCAUUGUGUGCCCCAGAGGGCUGGAGCACGUCACCGAAGAGAAGCGAGGCUGAGCGGCUGGCUUGCUUCUGCAGGGAAGACUCCCUUCCCCUUGCUUCAGGCUGUCGAGCUCUGAGCAGCCCUCAGAAUGGAAGCCAUCGCCAAAUAUGACUUCAAAGCUACUGCAGACGACGAGCUGAGUUUCAAAAGGGGGGACAUCCUCAAGGUUUUGAAUGAAGAAUGUGAUCAGAACUGGUACAAGGCAGAGCUCAAUGGGAAAGAUGGCUUCAUCCCCAAGAAUUACAUAGAAAUGAAACCUCACCCGUGGUUUUUUGGCAAAAUCCCCAGAGCAAAGGCAGAAGAAAUGCUUAGCAAACAGCGGCAUGACGGGGCCUUUCUUAUCCGAGAGAGUGAGAGUGCUCCCGGCGAUUUCUCCCUCUCUGUCAAAUUUGGCAACGAUGUGCAGCACUUCAAGGUGCUCCGAGACGGGGCCGGAAAGUACUUCCUGUGGGUGGUGAAGUUCAAUUCCCUGAAUGAGCUGGUGGAUUAUCACAGAUCGACAUCUGUCUCCAGAAACCAGCAGAUAUUCCUCCGGGACAUCGAGCAGGUGCCGCAGCAGCCGACAUACGUCCAGGCCCUCUUUGACUUUGACCCCCAGGAGGAUGGAGAGCUGGGCUUCCGCCGGGGAGACUUUAUCCACGUCAUGGAUAACUCAGAUCCCAACUGGUGGAAAGGCUCCUGCCACGGCCAGACCGGCAUGUUCCCCCGCAAUUACGUGACCCCCGUGAACCGGAAUGUCUAGGAAGCCAGCCGAGAUUAUUUAAAGAGUGAAAAUUUUCAAACACAUCCAGAAGUCAGAGCCCCCACGCUGCCUCUCCCAGCAGCGAGUGGGGUGUGCAGACCACCUGGCGGGUCACCCGCUGGCCUCCUUACUUGGGUCAGAACUCUGGGGGUGGGGUGGGGGUGGGGGAGGUUGGAUAUAAAAAAAUGCCAAAACAUACUUAUAAAUUAAGAAGAGUUUUUAUUACAGAUUUUCACCACUGCUCCUCUGUCCCCUUCUCUGUCCUUUUUUUUAUCCUUUUCUCUUUUGUCCAUCAGUGCAUGCUGCCUACCACCACAUUUUGUCCUAGCUGAGGCCACCAAUAAAAGACA